AUGAGUGCUGAUACAGCUGGUAAACGCAAUGGCAAUGCAAAAUUAAUGUUUGAAGCAGGUGAAAAUGUUUUAUGUUUUCAUGGUCCAGUAUUAUACCCGGCAAAAUGUCUUCAAACAAAUAUUAGUCCAAAGAAGGGCGCUGAAUAUUUUGUGCAUUACAGCGGCUGGAGUAAACGGUGGGAUGAGUGGGUUGGAAAUGAUAGAAUUGUCAAAUUUUCACCAGAAAAUAUCAAAUUACAACAAGAAUUAAUGCUUGCACAUGGUAAUAGUAGUAAUAACAAACCUGGUCAAGGAAGGUCAAAGAAACAGAGGGAGACGCAUACUCCCGUUGUUGAAACAUCGGUACCGGAAGAAAAUCCAGUACCAUCAGAUGAUUCUGUUGAAAAGCCGGUAACAUACGAAAAUAAAGUUGAAAUUGAAAUAAAACUACCUGAACAAAUAAAGUCAUAUUUGUCCGAAGAUUGGAAACAAAUAAAUAUGGAUGAAAAACUUCUAUCAUUACCGUGUGAGAUCAAUGUUGAAAAAAUUCUUGAACAAUAUCGACAAAUAAAAGUCAAAAGUCAAAAGCCUAAUGAAUUUACUUAUACAAAUCAAUUUAUUAAUAGUGUAAAAGAUUAUUUUAAUUCAACAUUAGGUACACAAUUAUUGUAUGCCAAAGAACGUAAUCAAUAUGAUCAGAUUUGUCAAUCAGCAGAAGAUGAUAUAAUGCAACCCUCAAAUAUUUAUGGUAUUGCCCAUUUGCUUCGUUUAAUGAGUCGUCUUGGUAUUUUUCUGGCUUAUUCGCCACUUGAAGAAAAUGAAUUAAAUUAUCUUCUUACUUUUGUCAAUGAUUUUUUGAGAUUUUUGGAAAAACAUAUUAAAACAUGGUUUAACGAAGAUAAUUAUAUUUUAAAUCCAGUAUCAUGA